AUGUCGACACUGACAGAUAUCGUGGCCGAGGGUCACCGGCAAUCGGAGCACAAGCUGUGCAGGAGCAUUGAAGCGAUCAUUGCCAAGUACAGCCAUGAGUUUCCCGAUAGCGAUGUCGUUGAUCUUGAGGCGAUGGUAAUUUGCGAGGAUCGAGGCGAACUCAAGUCAGGGAACGCUCACCUCUUUGGAACAAUGCAUGCGGCUCCCACCGUCGAUACGCGAGGCUCUCUUGCGCACAUCCGUGCGUGCUCGUACACGCUCGUUGCUUUCCGCCCAAAGCACCUUAGUAUACCUUGCUUUGACGUGCUGGUUGAUGUAGUCCUGGACUGCCUCAUGGAUGCCGUCGCGGGGUCGGACUCGGAUGAGUCAUGUGUCGAGGAAGAAGAUGACGGGAAACCCGAACCACAACGCGCGAAGAAGCGAGCAAAACGAUUGCGCCCACCUGGCCAAGUGUUUGAAGAUGUUCAGUGUACUGAGACGGUUUGUGCACAACUAUUCGCGCAAGCAGCUUUUUAUAUUUUUGUGUGUAUUCGUGGCUUCUCAUCAUUGAACCGCUUCUGCUCACGGAUGUGA